UUUCUGGUCAUGAGCCCGAAUUAAAGGAGAAAUGUAGAGAUGCCUGCACACACUUGAGCUGGAGCAACUGGGUGUGGUCAAUGUAGCAUAGGCGAUUGUGGGCCUAAUGAGUGCCCCUAGGUUAAACUGACGUUUUUGGUAGGAAGACAAGUAUUUGGUAUGACAACAAAUUCUAAAUCUCUUUGCAUCCAGUGCAAUUAAUAUUUUACUCAGGAAGGAGAAAAAUAGGAUUUGAUAUUAAUGAGGGUCAUGCAUUUGGGGGUUUAAGUAGAAAACUUGGAGAGGUAAAAGUGAGAAACAGCUGAGUACCAUAUAUGCAAGCCACAGAAAUUUACAUUCUUAACCCAAUUACAGUUAUCUUUGUUUGUUACCUCAUUAAUGGAGAAGAAUCCAGUCUUCAGAAAACUGAAAAUUUGAGAAAAGUGAGACUAAACUUUUAUAUGGUAGUAAUCCUUGAUUAAGACCGUUCCAUUGGAUUGUAUUUGAGUCCCUUGGCGGCAAGAUGUUUUCGCGGCAAGAGUUCCUUGCCUUUCAUCAUUUUGCUUCUCUUCUGCUCUUUUGCUUCUAAGUUGGCCUUGGAGCUUGGAGCUUCCUCAUAAAAGGAGUGUUUUCCAUUCUUUGACUGUUUAUAUCACUUCUGAGUUCUGUCCUUUUCUUCUAAAUCUUUUCAUGCUUGUAGAGUUUCUUCAGAUAAUUUCCCUAAAGGACUUCGGAAUCUUUUCUGUUUUUCAUCAGUUAUUUCACGAUUUCUUUUCUCCUAUCCUCAUAGCACACAUGUCAAAAUAGCCCCAAAAUACAUAAUCUUCAGCAUUUACAAGGACUUUAAAUAUGGAGUCCAAGGGUGUAACAGAUAUGGACAAACUCUGCAUAAAGUUUCAAGCAUCUAAUUAGCUGUUUUUUCUCUCCUUCUGCUGAAUACACAUCCUGGAUAAGCUCUACUGAUCUGUGUGCUAUUUCCAUUGCUACUCAUCUGCUCAAGGUGCCCCGGUCUAUCCUUCUCUCUCUAUUCUCAUGAUUUUGUUUACGAACCCAUCUCAUUCCUAACCCUCCACCAAUUUUUUAUUUUAAAAUUCUUAGUUUUGCAGGUUUCUAAAAUCGUGUAGACAUUCACUUGUUGAAAUCAUCACUGGGGAAGUGUUUGUGUGGGUUUACUAGGUUGCAUUUUUGAAGAGUUGAAAGUCUCACCUUUUGAAGAGUUGAAAUUCUCAACUUUUAUAUUUAGCCUUACAUUUAUGGAAGAUUGUCAAGUAAGGUUAUCAUAUUCCCCCUAUUUUCAAUCUUCUUCCUCCUCUCCUAAGACCUUGUCGAGGUCGAUGGAUGCAGAGGUAUGGUCCUUACUGGAAGAAAGGACCCAAGAGAUUUUGUGGACUAUUCAAUCAAAUGUUGAAUCUGAGUUGAGAAGGAAGAUGUUUGCUGAUUAUGUUCAGAGGCUUCUUGUAGGUCGUCUUGCAACUGAGCUUGCGUUACAGGUCUUCUCCUUUGGCUCAGUACCAUUGAAGACCUAUCUUCCUGAUGGAGAUAUUGAUUUGACUGCUCUCUGCCUUCCAAACUUGGUAGAUAUGCUUGCUCUAAAAAUCUGUGCGAUCCUCGAGGAUCACCAACCACAGGACUCCAAGUUCCAAAUUAAAGACGUCUGCUACGUCCGCGCACAGGUUGAUCGACUGUUCGGAAAAGACCAUCUUUUCAAAAAGAGUAUUAUCUUAAUCAAAGCUUGGUGCUACUAUGAGAGUCGAAUUCUUGGGGCCCAUUAUGGCCUGAUUGCAGCAUAUGGACUGGAAACGUUGGUGUUGUUUAUCGUCAAUCGCUUUCAUUCAUCGCUCCAUGGUCCUUUAGAGGUCCUGCUUAUAUUUUUGGAAUUCUAUAGCACAUUUGAUUGGGAAAAUUAUGCUCUCAGUAUAAAUGGUCCAGUUGCCUUAGCUUCCCUUCCUGAAAUCAUAGUGACACCCCAAAACGAGGGGGAAGAAUUUCUCCUGAGUGAGGAGUUUGUAAGAGAGUGCAGGCUGGCGUUUCCAGAUCCAGCAGCGGCAGAGGCAGAUAGUGUUGAUGAAUUCCCAAUUAAGUUCCUCAACAUAGUGGAUCCUCUAAAGGACAACAACAAUCUAGGCCGUAGUGUUAGUAAAGGAAAUUUCUAUCGUAUAAGAUCUGCUUUUUCCCUUGGGGCUCAAACACUUAGAGAGGUAUUAAUGCUACCGGGUGAACGCAUAGGCAUGGCACUUGAGAACUUCUUUGUGACCACUCUAGAUAGGAAUGGGCGUGGAGAAAGGGCAGAUCUGACAACUCCUGUCCCUGCAUUUGGUACUGGAACAUCUGUAGAAUCUGACCUUACUGGGGACUACGACAAACAUUGUGAUAGCAUGUUGUUUGCAAAUGCAUAUCAGUUUUUUAAUACACACAACGGUGCUCCACCUUUUGUAGACGAUGAUAUGAGCAAAUGGAAUUCCCUGGUUUAUAUGGCUCAACUAUAUGGGAAUGUCAUUUUUCAAAUGGCAGAAAACGCAUACCAAUCUGCUGCUACUUUUGGUGUUGGGGUGAUAAAGAAAUCACACGGAACAGGCACAUAUAUACCUAACCUGGCACUGCAAAAUCAAAAUGAUUCCACAAAUGUGCCUCCAAGAGCGAGGAGAAUGAUUCCGGAGUCUAGCAAUUGCGGUCUGAGGAUGAAAUCACCUCGAAAGACAAACCAAGUUGAGGUUUUCACAGAAGCAGGCCCGAGUGAAAAUGUUCACCAGUUUAAUUUUUCACCUGAAGAAUUCCCACAGCUUCCCGGCAUUCAAAUACCCUCACUGUCAGAAGUACAUCAAUCUGCUCAGCCUGAAUUGGCGUCUCCUCCAGCCAAAGAACUGAGGAUGAAAUCACCUCGAAAGACGAACCAAGUUGAGGUUUCCACAGAAGUAGGCCCGAGUGAAAAUGCUCACCAGUUUAAUUUUUCACCUGAAGAAUUCCCACUGCUUCCCGGCACUCAACUACCCUCAUUGUCAGAAGUACACCAAUCUGCUCAGCCCGAAUUGGCGUCUCCUCCAGCCAAAGAAUCCUCUCACACUUCCGGGAAGUCUAAGUUGGGGAAUUCUGAGCAUUCACUGUCACUACCGGAAAUGCCUUCACCUGUAGCAAGCCCACAGGUAAAUACUAGUGCUUCAUAUGCUCAGAACUUUAUACCUGGGGUCCCUGCGAUGGGAAUGCAGAAGCAACAAGAACUGUCAGAGUUAACGAAGCGACGGUUUGCUUGAACAAGUUCAAGCUAGACAAUGAUAACGACUUUCCCCCCUUGGCUUGACGGAGGCACCGAGGCGGCAAAUGUGGAUUAGGUUGGUUGGCCAGCGCAAUGUAUCUGCCCCCCUUGCAUCCAAUCUCAAAUCCUAUUGGCGUUAAUUAGAGUAAUUUAGAAUAUUGCAUUUCAACUUAAAAACAAAAGCAUUGAGACAUCAAUUUCGUUUUAUGCGUUUCCAGUUGAGUUUCCGAUUUCGCUCCUUGAACUUGUGUAUGAAUGUUGGAGUUUUCCAUUUGGUGUCAAUACAUACUUUCGCAGUUAGGGUUUAUAAAAUC